AUGACGCCCUCGGAAGAAGCACAGCUGCUCGCUCCCGACGGGGUGACCUCGGCGGUCCGCACGCAGCACGUGGCGGCGGUGCUCUCGGCGCUCCGGCGGCGCAGCCCCAUCUACGGGACGAUCCUGCCGACGCUGACGCUGCACGGGGUCGAGCGCGGGCGGGUCGUGUGCCGGCUGGUGCUCGACGGGGUGCACGUCAACAGCCGCGGGGCGCUGCACGGGGCCGUGUCGGCCACGAUUGUCGACAUGACGACGGGCAUGGCCAUUGCCGCGUGGGACCUGCGCGACACCACGGGCGCCAGCGCCGACAUGCACCUCAGCUACCUCGGCACCGCCGUCGUCGGCGACGAGCUCGAGGUCACCGCCACGGCGGAGAGGGUCGGCGGCAGUCUGGCGUUUGUCGCCGUGCGCAUCGACAAGCUCGGCCCGGACGGCGCGAGGACGCCCGUGACGCUGGCCCAGCACACCAAGUUUGUGCGCGCCUCGUCCAAGAAUCCGUCCACGGGGGUCAAUACCCCUGUGUAA